UGAGCUUACCAAACACAAGCACACGCACACGCACACCACACAGUCUACCUAUACCUACUACUACCUGUCAUCUUCUCCUUCUUAAUCCCAACUAAAUGCGCACAUAAACGAAGAAGAUUUGCACUGAUACCCGCGCUGAUACAAGCAAGCAUCCGGCGAUGGCGGCGGCGGCGGCGGCAAGGGGGAGCGUGUGGGAGAUCCAGCAGCGGGACGUGGAGGCCGCGGGGCUGGCCGACGCCGACGCGGGCGCCUUCGUCGCGGCGCUUCGCUCCGCCGCCGCCGUUGCGACGGGUGGGCCUGACGCCGCGUGGGAGGCCGUGGCGGCGGGGGUGCUGCGGCCGGAGCACCCGCACGCGCUCCACCAGCUCGUCUACUACUCCGUCUACGCCGGCUGGGAUCGCGCCGCCCGGGGCCCGCCGCCGUACUGGUUCCCGUCACAGAUUGACACUAAACAAACAAAUCUUGGUAGACUGAUGGAAGCACAUGGUCCUAGGUUGUUAGGAUCAUCAUAUAAGGACCCAGUUUCAAGUUUUCACCUCUUCCACAAGUUCUCCGUAGAGCAUCAAGAGGUCUACUGGUCAAUGGUGCUGAAGGAGAUCUCAAUCAAGUUCCAACAAGAACCAAAGUCAAUUCUAGAUACAUCAGAUAAAUCAAGGAAAGGGGGAACAUGGCUCCAAGGUGCUGUGCUUAAUAUUGCUGAAUGUUGUCUGUUACCUUGGCCUUCCCAAAACAGGACAGAUGACAGCACAGCUAUUGUUUGGAGGGAUGAGGGUCUUGACAAUCACCCAGUGAACCGUAUGUCACUGAAGGAGCUUCACAAUCAAGUGAUUACAGUUGCUACUGCGCUUGAUACCAUGUUCCAAAAGGGGGAUCGAAUUGCAAUAGACAUGCCUAUGACAUGCAAUGCAGUCAUCAUAUAUUUGGCUAUUGUCCUUGGUGGUUUUGUUGUUGUGUCGAUAGCAGACAGUUUUGCACCUCAGGAGAUUGGUACACGCAUGAGUGUGUCAAAGGCGAAAGCUAUUUUUACUCAGGAUUUCAUAAUUAGAGGAGGGAAGAAGGUUCCACUAUACAGCCGUGUUGUGCAAGGGACUUCAUCUAAAGCUGUUGUAAUUCCUGCAACUGGAGGCUUUCUUGGGGUUUCACUAAGGAAUGGUGAUAUGUCCUGGAAAGAUUUCCUUUCUUGUGCUGCUGGAAGGUCGUCCAUUUAUCCCACAGUUUAUCAACCUUCAGACGCUCUAACUAAUAUACUAUUUUCUUCAGGGACAACUGGAGAACCAAAAGCUAUCCCAUGGUCACAACUUUCUCCAAUAAGAUGCACAUGUGAUACAUGGGCGCAUUUGGAUAUCCAGCCACAGGACAUAUUUUGUUGGCCUACUAAUCUUGGAUGGGUUAUGGGGCCUAUACUCUUGUACUCAUGCUUUUUAAGUGGUGCAACGUUGGCUUUGUAUCAUGGGUCACCACUUGGUCGUGGUUUUUGCAAGUUUGUACAGGAUGCUGGUGUCACUAUAUUAGGAAGUGUACCUAGCUUAGUGAAGUCAUGGAAAGCUGGGAAUUUUACUGAAGGGCUUCACUGGACCAAAAUCAGGGUACUCUCCACGACAGGAGAGGCUUCUGAUAUUGAUGAUGAUCUAUGGCUAUCUUCGCGUGCCUCUUACAAGCCCAUUAUUGAAUGUUGUGGGGGUACUGAGCUGGCAUCGUCAUACAUUCAAGGCAGUCUUCUGCGUUCGCAAGCUUUUGGAGCUUUUAGUGGUGCAUCCAUGUCCACUGGGUUUGUCAUACUUGAUGAACAAGGAACUCCAUAUCCUGAUGAUGUACCUUGUGCUGGAGAAGUGGGCCUCUUCCCUUUAUAUUUUGGCGCUACAGAUCGACUUCUCAAUGCUGACAACAAUAAGGUUUAUUUUGAUGGAAUGCCCAUUUACAAUGGAAGGCAACUUCGACGGCAUGGAGAUAUAAUCCAAAGGACAGUAGGUGGUUACUAUAUUGUGCAGGGAAGAGCAGAUGACACUAUGAAUCUUGGAGGAAUUAAGGUUGACCCUCCUAUUUCAAAUGUUUUCAAUAGCUUGUUGUCACCCUUGAAUUUUAUGAAACUAAAUAAAUACUGCUCGUCUUAUAAACAGACAAGUUCCGUGGAAAUAGAGCGGAUAUGUAAUAGAGCCGAUGAGGCUCUACUAGAAACAGCAGCGGUUAGCAUCAAACCUGCUGGUGGGGGACCAGAACAGCUGGCUAUCUUGGCUGUGCUAAAAGAUAGAUCACCACCAUGUGAUGCAAAUGUUCUCAAGAGCAAAUUUCAGAGAGCCAUCCAAAAGAACUUAAAUCCUCUUUUCAAGGUGAGCUAUGUCAAAAUAGUUCCUGAGUUCCCAAGAACAGCUUCAAACAAGCUGCUAAGAAGAGUACUGAGGGAUCAGCUGAGCAAAGAACUCUCGAAUCGCAGCAAGCUAUGACCGACGUGACAUAUUCAACAAGGACCACAACAACAACAACAAUAGUAGACUUUAGUCCAAAGCAAGGUAGAGAUGAAGAGCCAUACGAACAGUGAGGGUAAUUCAAAAUCGCUUCAAAAAUGCCCUCUUGCUUGUCAAAUGGUAAUAUUGAAUUAUGAGUGUGUCAAAAAAAAAACAGCCACUUGAAUAAAGAGUCAUGAUUCAUUGGGGGCGUAUAGAGAACUUCAGGAAACUAUUUUUUUCCAUGUUAAUAAAUGUUGUUGAAUUGUGAGCAUGUUCAAUAGGCAACGGCUUGAAAAAGUGACAUUUCCCGAUGGGAAUUUGUAGAGAACUUCAGAAUACUCAUCGCUGUACUGUAUUAUGUUCAGCUCAUGAUAAAGUGGUGGCAUGGUGUUUGGAUUAUUUUGGCA